ACGUUCCGAAUGCGAGUGCCCGCACCAUGGCCACGGCCGACGUCCCGCACGACGACUCUCAGGACCGUCUAACACGCCGGCCGCUGCCCCGGGCCAGGUCCAACUUUGCGACUCGCACUGCCCAGGACGACACCCAGCGCCUGCAUCGCCGCUCCUUUGUCCAGCAGGAGCCCCCGCCAACCGAAGAGACUCCCCUUCUCCCGCAUGGUCCACGCCCGCUAGGAGACGGGCCCCAAGAGACGGAUGCACGACGGCGGGGCACGCGCAGCUGGUUCGCGACCUUGCUCUCUUCACCACAGCCCGCCAGCCAUGGCAAGAGAGACUCGGUCACGGAACCCUCCAAACCACGGCCUGGAGCCUUUCCUCGACCCGUUGGAGGCACUGACAAGCUCGGCACCUUUGCCGGUGUCUUCGUGCCCGUCACCCUCAAUGUCCUGUCUAUUUUGAUGUUUCUGCGAUUUGGCUUCCUGCUGGGUCAGGCUGGCCUGGUCGGCAUAAUGGGCAUGCUGAUUGCUGCCUACUCCAUCAACCUCUUGACUACUCUCAGCAUCUCGGCCGUCGCUACAAACGGCACAGUGAGGGGCGGAGGUGCCUACUAUCUCAUCUCGCGAAGUCUCGGCCCAGAGUUUGGCGGGAGCAUUGGCAUCGUCUACUACCUUGGUUCCGUCUUCAGCACCUCGCUCAACGCCGUGGGCCUCGUUGAUUGUCUGAUGGACAACUUUGGUAGCCAUGGCGGCAACAUGGGACAGUGGCUGCCCCAAAGCUACUGGUGGCAAUUCCUGUGGGCUACCCUGAUCUUGGCCGCGUCUACGAUUGUGUGUCUGGCUGGCAGUGGCCUAUUUGCACGUUGCAGCAAUGCGUUGCUAGUUGUUCUGCUUGUUGCCGCCGUGAGCAUCCCCUUGUCAGCUGCAGUUUUGCCGCCGUUUUCUGACCCCAAGGAACACAUUGUCUUUACAGGCCUCAGCCUUGACACGUUCCGUCAGAACCUGCUUCCCCGUUUUACCCGGGGCGCCGCAGGCAGUGUGAUUCAUCAUCGCGAGAACUUCCAAGACUUGUUUGGCAUUCUCUUCCCCGCCACAGGGGGCAUUCUCGCCGGUGCCAGCAUGAGUGGAGACUUGAAGCACCCGAGUAAAGCCAUCCCCAAGGGCACUCUGUGGGGCAUUGGGCUGACCUUUGUCCUCUACACCGUCGUAAUCUUUGCCAUGGCAGCAACAGUCACCCGCGAGUCCCUCUACCGCAACACCAACGUGAUCCAACUAACCAAUAUCUCCGGUGCCGUUAUUCUUGCUGGUGAAGUGGCGACAUCAAUCUUCUCGGUGCUCAUGGGCGUCAUUGGCUCAUCCAAGCUCCUCCAAGCCCUUUCUCGCGACCGCCUCAUUCCUGGUCUUUCUGUGUUUGGCCAAGGGACCAGCAAGUCAGACGAGCCCAUCUAUGCCAUCGUUCUCACAUAUAUGAUUGCCCAAGUCACCAUGUUUGCAGACAUCAACCAGAUUGCAUCCUUCAUCACCAUGACGUAUCUCAUGACUUUUCUCGUCACCAACCUGGCUUGUUUCUUGCUCAAAAUCGGAUCUGCACCGAAUUUCCGACCUUCGUUUCACUACUUCAACUGGCAGACGGCAGCGAUAGGAACAGUUGCCUCCGGAGCGACCAUGUUCUUCGUCGAUGGCUUCUAUGCUUCCGGUUGCGUAGCUCUAUUGAUUGUCCUUUUCCUCUUGAUUCAUUACACCACGCCCCCAAAGCCAUGGGGCGACGUCAGUCAGAGCCUAAUCUACCAUCAGGUCCGCAAGUAUCUGCUUCGUCUACGCCAAGAGCAUGUCAAGUUCUGGAGACCGCAGAUCCUGCUCCUCGUAAACGACCCACGGCGCCAGUACAAACUGAUUCAAUUCUGCAACUCGCUGAAAAAGGGAGGUCUCUUCGUUCUUGGACAUGUCAUUGUCUCGGACAACUUUGCCGAAGCUGUGCCCGAGGCCAGACGGCAACAGCAGUCUUGGACAAAGUACAUUGACUUUUCCAGAAUCAAGGCGUUCGUCAACAUUGCCAUCUCACCUACGAUAGAAUGGGGCGCUCGCAACCUUGUACUAAGUGCAGGCUUGGGCGGCAUGAGGCCGAAUAUUGUCGUCAUGGGCUUCUACAAUCUGCCAGAGCUCAGGCAAUCUCAGCCAUCAGUAGGCAUCCCCUCACCCCAACCCUCGCGUCCAGCUAGCAAGGCCGCAAACCACCCCGUCUCUCGAAAAGCCAUACAAGCAGCGGCAAGGCGGCGCGUUACAGGUAAUACACAUAGCGCACUUCCCACAGAUGCCAUGAAGCCAGAGAACGCAAUCGCAAUCCGUAACUACGUCACCGUAAUAGAAGAUCUCGUUCUAAGAUUACACGCAAACGUUGCUAUAGCCAAGGGUUUCCAAGAGCUUGAGGUGCCGCCCGCCAAGCCCACCGCCAAGCAAAAGGCGUUCAACGUGCUUGGCUUGAGUCAGAUCGACAUUGACGACCCAUCCAAGCAGUACAUUGACCUUUGGCCAAUUCAAAUGUCGGCCGAGGUUGCUACUACUGGCGACGAACCUCUGCGAAAGAAUGUCCUAACUACGAAUUUCGAUACCUAUACGCUCAUUCUCCAACUAGGCUGUAUCCUUCACACCGUGCCUUCUUGGAAACGCAUAUACAAGCUACGAGUGUGUGUCUUUGUCGAGUACGAGACGGACGUCGAGGAGGAGCGUGGACGAGUUACUACUUUGCUGCGUAACCUGCGUAUAGAAGCCGAGGUCCACGUCUUCUGGCUGUCGUGCGGCGACUUGGGUAUGUACGAGGUCAUUAUCAAUGGGCGCGACGAGGGGGAUUUUGACCAGACUGGGCGCGACAUCGACUACUCCUUGGAAGAUGAGCGCUGGUGGCAAGACAUCAAGCGGCUUCGUCAACCGGAGGACCUGAGUGCCAGUCAGGAGUUGGAACAGACAGUCGACAUUCUCGAAGCAGUGACAAACUGGCCGAUUGCUUCGUUUCAACACGGCAGGCAAGAAGCAAAUUCGAGGCGCUUUGCUGCGCUGAGAAGGAUGCUACGCAAAGCCAAGCGCAGGUCGUCGGUUGGUGAUGUCGGAGGCGGCGGGAGGCUCGCAAUGCGGAGUCAACGGCUCCCUGCUGAUUUGCUCGAAGACAGUGACAGCGAUACCCAGCCAUCCAUCCCUGGGGACGAUGCUGAUGACGAAGCCGCGGCAUCAGACAGUGAAGCUGUCAUCAGCGGCAGUAAUUUCGAUGAAUACGACCUGGAUGCAUCGAGCGAUGACAGUGAGCAAGACGGCCAGGGCAAGUCGCUGCGACGGACGAAAACAGCACCAAGCACUUCAUUCUUCUCCCGCCAGCUCGACCUCCGCAAGGCCAUGUGGAAAGGCACACACAAAGACGCGCCGUCACAAACCGACGACCGACUAACCACGCAUUCCACAACGCCGCUCCGCCCACACUCGGACGCCAGUGCCUCCGACACAGCCAUUCUCCGCGCAGCAGACAAGCCGUCGAAGCCCCACAGCGCCGCCAGCUCCUCGUCGCAGCUCUCCAGCUCCUCCCGCCCCAAACCAGUAACCACAAUACCACCGCCCGUGCGCCGCCAAUCCCUUCCAAAAUUCACUUCGAAUCCCACGCCUCGCGCCGCGGUUUCAACCGAAGAAUCCACCGCCGGCCCAUCCAUCAUGUUUGUCGAUACCCCCAAGCCCAGCACUGCCGCUGCCCAGAACCCGCUUGACACUCCGUCGUCACCGUCUCCACAUGCCAGACCCGAAAACAGGCAUACAUCAUCGUCGUCACCUGCUCCUCCACCUCCCCUUUCUUCCUCUUCCAUGCCGCCAACCGCCCCAGGCACAGCUCCAGGCACAGGUACCUCGACCCCCUCGCUCGCCUCGGGUUUCCCCGCCCACCAAUCCAUCCCCCUCUCCUUCAACGACCUACCAUGUCGCGCCCAGCACCUCAUUCUCAACGAGCUGAUUCGCCGCCAUUCAGACGAUACCGCCGUCGUCUUCACCACCCUGCCUAGCCCCCUCCAGGGCACCUGUGACAGCGAGGCUGAGAGCGUAAAGUAUAUUAGUGAUUUGGAGGUCCUGUGUCAGGGCUUACCGCCUGUUCUGCUCGUGCAUAGUAAUAGUAUGACUGUUACGAUGAAUUUGUGA